AUGAAGGACACAAAAUUCGGAUAUGUCCUAGGAUUCAAAGUAGCCGAUUGCGUAUAUGAACAGUCGACUCAGGAACCACAGAAUUCUGCUUCAGCCAUUAAAGAAAUCCGUGUUAUUUUAGAUGUGCAAAGUCAACUACCGAGCGUAUAUGAUCCCGUAUACGUGGAGUCGGAUUGGUACGCCUGGUGGGAGAAGGAAGGAUUUUUCAAGCCAGAGUACGGUAGACAGAACGCAGCAAUACCCAAUCCGAAAGGAAGCUUCACCAUUUGCAUCCCUCCACCCAACGUUACUGGUACACUUCAUGUUGGUCAUGCGCUUGCCACUACCAUCGAGGACACACUAACAAGAUGGCACCGUAUGAAGGGAAGAACCACACUGUUCAAUCCUGGUUGUGACCAUGCAGGUAUUGCCACGCAGGUUGUUGUGGAGAAGAAGUUACAACGCGAGAGAGGGCUGACAAGACAUGAUCUCGGCCGAGAUCACUUCAUUCAUGAAGUGUGGAAGUGGAAAAACGAAAAGGGCGGAGUGAUCUACGACCAACUGCGCAAGAUGGGCGCUUCGGUAGACUGGGAUCGUGCCUGCUUCAUGAUGGACCCGAAGAUGGUCCGAGCGGUAACCGAAGCAUUCGUUCGCAUGCACGAGCGUGGCACUAUCUAUCGGUCCAAUCGACUUGUGAACUGGUCAUGCGCCCUCCGAAGUGCUAUUUCGGAUAUUGAGGUAGACAAGAAGGAGCUGACAGGUCGCACACUUCUUCCUGUACCUGGAUAUGAUGAGAAAGUGGAAUUCGGAGUUCUAACUUCGUUUGCUUACAAAAUCAAGGGAACAGAUGGGGAAGUGGUUGUGUCGACUACUCGUGUUGAAACAAUGCUUGGUGAUACUGCAGUUGCCGUUCAUCCCGAAGACCCCCGCUACCAGCACCUAAUUGGCAAGGUGUGUGUUCAUCCAUUCGUUGAUCGCGAGCUUCCAAUAGUUCCGGACACCUUCGUCGAUCGUGAAUUUGGAACGGGAGCCGUGAAAAUUACACCAGCUCACGAUCACAAUGAUUACGAGGUCGGAAUUCGUCACAAUCUGCCAUUCAUCACCUGCAUCGACGAUGACGGCAUGAUUUCCGCCGGUUGCGGCAAAUUCUCCGGCAUGCGCCGUUUCGAUGCGAGAAAGGCCGUCACGGAAGCAUUGAAGGAACUGAAUCUCUACCGAGGAUCAGAGGACAACGCAAUGGUUGUCCCAGUGUGCAGUCGUUCCAAAGACAUUAUCGAGCCUCUUCUGAAACCGCAAUGGUAUGUCAAGUGUGACGAAAUGGCCAAGAAAGCCAUAGAAGCUGUCGAAAGCGGAGAGCUGAAGCUCAUUCCCGACUACCACGUCGCUACCUGGAAUCGCUGGCUUCAGGGCAGCAGAGAUUGGUGUAUUUCUCGACAGCUGUGGUGGGGUCAUCGUAUUCCAGCCUACUUUAUCACUGUAACCGAUGGGAAGACUCCAGCAGGCGAUCCUUGCGACGAUCGUUACUGGGUCUCAGCCCACUCUGAGGAACUGGCCCGGAAGAAGGCGGCGAAAAAGUUCAAUGUCGAUCCGAAGUUCAUCCAGCUUAAAUGGGAUGAAGAUGUUCUGGACACGUGGUUUUCGUCUGGUAUGUGGCCGUUUGUCAUCAUGGGAUGGCCGGAGAACACUAGUGACAUGCAGCUUUACUUCCCCUCGAAUGUUCUUGAGACUGGCCAUGACAUCCUCUUCUUCUGGGUAGCACGAAUGGUCUUCCUGAGUCAGGAACUCACGGGAAAACUGCCAUUCAAAGAGGUCUAUCUCCAUGCCAUGAUUCGAGAUGCUCAUGGGCGUAAAAUGUCGAAGUCCCUCGGCAACGUCAUUGAUCCCCUCGAUGUAAUCAGAGGCGUAACAUUAGCGGAGCUGAAUCACCAGUUGACGACGGGGAACUUGGAUGCGAAGGAGCUCGCCAUCGCCCAGGCUGGUCAGGCGAGAGAUUACCCCAAGGGCAUUCCUGAAUGUGGUACCGAUGCGCUGCGGUUCGCACUUCUGGCUUACACUAGUCAAGGCAGAGACAUCAACCUGGACGUCCUUCGUGUUCAAGGGUAUCGCUUCUUCUGCAACAAGAUAUGGCAAGCUGUCAGGUUCACUUUGAUGCAGCUGGGCAGUGAUUAUCAUGCAGAGCCAUUCAAGCUUUGCGGAAAAGAGUCCAUCAUGGACCUGUGGAUUCUGUCGCGUGCUGCUCAUGCGGUCAAUCGCUGCAAUGCAGGCAUGGAGGCUUACAACUUCACUCAGGUGACCACCACGUUGUAUGACUUCUGGCUUUACGAUCUUUGCGAUAUCUACCUCGAAGCCGUGAAGCCGGUCAUCUCUUCAGGAACCGAGGAGGCACGUGAAACAGCUAAGGCGACACUCUACAACUGCGUCGAAACCGGUUUGAGGCUGAUCAGUCCGAUCAUGCCGUUCCUGUCCGAGGAGCUCUGGCAGCACCUCCCUCGUCGCAAGUCUCAGCCUCCUUCGAUAACUGUCCACUCAUAUCCAGAAGUUUCCGAGGAGGCACGUGAAACUGCUAAGGCGACACUCUACAACUGUGUAGAAACCGGUUUGAGGCUGAUCAGUCCGAUCAUGCCGUUCCUGUCUGAGGAGCUCUGGCAGCACCUCCCUCGUCGCAAGUCUCAGCCUCCUUCGAUAAUUGUCCACUCAUAUCCAGAAGUUUCUGAGUUUCCGUUCACCAACGAGAAGAUCGAAGCAGAUGUCGCGUUCGCGAUGAGCGUCAUCCGAACUGUCCGAUCACUUCGCUCCGACUACGAGCUGACGAACAAAACGAAAACUGAUCUUUACGCUUCUGUAAGUUCUGAGGAGGACCACAAGUGUUUGACGUCGUUGAUUCCUCUAAUUGAGACGCUCGCUUCGAGUAAUAAGGUCGAAGUGCUUUCCAACGUGGGCUUGGAUGGUGUACCUCAAGGAUGUGCUCAUGUUACAAUUUCAUCGAGAUGUACCGUUUAUGUGGCUUUACAGGAUAUUAUUAACAUUGAACGGGAACUCACCAAGUUGGCCAGUAAGAAGGAGAAGAUCGAGGCCCAGGUGGCAAAACUUGUAGAUCAGGAGAGCCGGCCAGACUACGAGGCGAAGGUGCCGCUACCGGUUCGCAUUACCAACACAGAGAAGAAAGAAGCGUUGCUCACUGAAGUUCGUAGUAUCGAAACAGCUAUGGCUGCACUACGGAGUUAG